CGGGGGCCGCGUCAGCGCCCGCGAGCCCAUUCAUCUGUGCACUUGGGCGUUGGACCCCGCAUCUUAUUAGCAACCAGGGAGAUUUCUCCAUUUUCCUCUUGUCUACAGUGCGGCUACAAAUCUGGGAUUUUUUUAUUACUUCUUUUUUUAAAAAACUACACUUGGGCUCCUUUUUUUGUGCUCGACUUUUCCACCCUUUUUCCCUCCCUCCUGCGCUGCUGCUUUUUGAUCUCUUCGACUAAAAUUUUUUUAUCCGGAGUGUAUUUAAUCGGUUCUGUUCUGUCCUCUUCACCACCCCCACUCCCCCCUCCCUCCGGUGUGUGUGCCGCUGCUGCUGCCGCCGCUGCUGCUGCUGCCGCCGCUGCUGCUUGCCCCGUCGUUACACCAACCCGAAGCUCUUUGUUCCCCCCUUGGAUCUGUUGAGUUUCUUUGUUGAAGAAGCCAGCAUGGGUGCCCAAUUCUCCAAGACCGCUGCGAAGGGAGAAGCCGCCGCGGAGAGGCCUGGGGAGGCGGCUGUGGCCUCGUCGCCUUCUAAAGCGAAUGGGCAGGAAAAUGGCCACGUGAAGGUAAACGGCGACGCUUCUCCCGCGGCCGCCGAGCCCGGCGCCAAGGAGGAGCUGCAGGCUAACGGCAGCGCCCCGGCCGCCGACAAGGAGGAGCCCGCGGCCGCCGGGAGCGGGGCGGCGUCGCCCGCCGCGGCCGAGAAAGAUGAGCUGGCCGCCGCCGCCCCCGAGGCCGGGGCCAGCCCUGCGGAGAAGGAGGCCCCCGCGGAGGGCGAGGCCGCCGAGCCCGGCUCGCCCACGGCCGCGGAGGGGGAGGCCGCAUCAGCCGCCUCCUCGACGUCUUCGCCCAAGGCCGAGGACGGGGCCACGCCCUCGCCCAGCAACGAGACCCCGAAAAAAAAAAAGAAGCGCUUUUCCUUCAAGAAGUCUUUCAAGCUGAGCGGCUUCUCCUUCAAGAAGAACAAGAAGGAAGCGGGAGAGGGCGGUGAAGCCGAAGGCACCGCCGGCGCCUCCGCCGAAGGCGGCAAGGACGAGGCCGCCGGGGGCGCCGCUGCGGCCGCCGGCGAGGCUGCGGGCGCGGCCUCCGGGGAGCCGGCGGCGGCGCCGAGCGAGGAGGCGGCCGCGGGCGAGCAGGGUGCGGCGGGGGGCGACCCGCAGGAGGCCAAGCCCGAGGAGGCCGCCGUCGCGCCCGAGAAGCCGUCCGCUAGCGAGGAGGCCAAGGCCGCCGAGGAGCCCAGCAAGGCCGAGGAGAAGACCGAGGAGGCCGGGGCCAGCGCGGCCACCUGCGAGGCGCCCUCGGCCGCGGGGCCCGGCGCGCCCCCGGAGCAGGAGGCGGCGCCCGCGGAGGAGGCGGCGGCCGCCGCGGCGUCGUCAGCCUGCGCAGCUCCCACACAGGAGGCCCAGCCCGAGUGCAGUCCAGAAGCCCCCCCAGCGGAGGCGGCAGAGUAAAAGGGCAAGAUUUUUUGAGAUAAUCGAAGAACUUUUCUCCCCCCCGUUUGUUUGUUGGAGUGGUGCCAGGUACUGGUUUUGGAGAACUUGUCUACAACCAGGGAUUGAUUUUAAAGAUGUCUUUUCUUAUUUUACUUUUUUUUAAGCAGCAAAUUUUGUUUUUAACCACCUACCCACAGAUCCCAUCUCAGAUCAUUCUGUUACCACCAUUCCAACAGGUCGAGGAGAGCUUAGUUACCUUCCUCUGCCUUGUUUCUCUUUUAUUUUUAUUUUUUGCAUCAGUAUUAAUGUUUUUUGCAUACUUUGCAUCUUUAUUCAAAAAUGUAAACUUUCUUUGUCAAUCUAUGGACAUGCCCAUAUAUGAAGGAGAUGGGUGGGUCAAAAAGGGAUAUCCGAUGAAGUGAUAGGAGCCACGAUGGAGAAAUUUAGUGGUGCAUAACAUUGCCAAGAUAAUGUACCACUAGAAAGGAUGGUGUAAAGGCUUAGUCUUUUUUUUUUUUUUUU